AUGUGCCAUCCCAUAACGGCGGCUAUACCAUAUCGCAGCCACCAUGGUUCGCCAUUCAAGGCGGUUGAAAAGCUGGAGGCGGCCCAUGUCAAGGUUGACACUAUGACCAACGAUGCAGGGCACCAGCUAGAUCUAGAAGCCGUCGAUGGCCACCGCAGAGGCUCCUUGAUCACCAGGUUCCUGAAGCCGGCGCAUUUUGCUCUCCUCUUGAUUUUCUUCGCCACCAUCGGCGGUUUCACGACUGGCCUUGAUCAAUAUCUCGUCUUCGGCACGAGCCCCCCCCAUCUGUCCCAAAACCUGGACCUUGCCCUGACGCAAAGUAGGCAAGCCAGCCUCAGCGCGCUCGUGGGAGCCGUUGCUGGUGCCCUGCUCUUACAUUCUGCCAAUGAAUAUUUUGGCAGAAAAGGCGCCGCUCUACUCUCUACUUUGCUUUGCUCCACAGGUGCCGCGCUGCACUUUGUCUCCUUCAACUUUGCCAUGGUACUUGCGGCACGCGUCAUCCUCAGCCUGGGCAUUGGCCUUGCGAGCGGCACGAUCCCCAUUUACGUCGCCGAGACGGCCGAGCGCGGCGUCCGGGGAAACCUCAUCUCAUUGUACCAAUGUACCACCAUACUCGGAAACGUCGUCGGGUCCGUCGUCGGCCCCGUGCUGGUGGAGGAGCCCUCCAACAAGUGGCGAUGCCUACUUGCGACCUCGCUAGCCGUCUCUAUCACCAUGUUUCUCGGAGCCCUGCUGCUGCCUGAGAGUCCGCGAUUCCUGUUGCACAAGGGCAGGAUGAUCGAGGCACUCGGCGCGUGGAGACGUAUGCGGUGCCUCGAUAGCUACGAGCAAAAGGCCGAGCUCAUUCUCCUCGUUGCGGCAGCGAGACAGGUGGAAACCUGGGUCGGAGAGGGCCGGCAGUACCGUGUCCCACGCGCCCGUCGCGCAUUCGUCUGCGCCAACAUCGUGGUUGUCAUGGGCCAGCUCACGGGGGUCAAUGCCGUGAUGAACUACCUGCCAAUUUUGAUGAACCGGUUCGGCGUCGGUGAGCAUGACAUGAACUUGACGUCACUCGUGGGCACCGGUGCUCUUCUCCUCGGCUCCAUCCCUACCAUCUUCUUGAUGGACAGGUGCAGUCGACGCUUCUGGGCCAUGGCAACGCUGCCCGGCGUCUUCGUCGGCUUGCUUUUGAUUGCCAUCAGUCAUCAGUUCGAUGCAGCGUCGGAUGUUGAGCUGGUCGCGGCCUUUUAUCUGACCGGCCUCGUGUUGUUCAUGUCUUUCCUUGGAGCCUACACCAGCGUGGCUUGGGUGAUACUCUCGGAAGUCUAUCCGACCCACCUUCGAAGCGUCGGCAUGGCGACGUCCAACACGCUGCUGUUCCUCACAUCCUUCCUCCUCACCAACCAAUUCGACGCCAUGCAGGAGGUCAUGUCCGAGACCGGGCUUAUUCUCGGCUUCUACGGCGGCAUCGCCCUCAUCGGUGGACUGUACCAGGUCUUGUUCCUACCAGAAACGAAGGACAGGACACUUGAAGAGAUGGAUGACGUCUUCUCCCGCUCGGCCACGGACAUUGUUCGCGAGAACUGGACUGCGCUCCGGAAGACGGUAACCAGCCCUGGCCAGGGACCCAUCAGCAAUGCAGUUGCCGAGCAGACAAAGAAAAAUGAAAAGCGGCCAGACCUUUCAGGAGGUGAGAAGGCGGCGGCGGUAUUGCGAGACUGCGAGGCGGCGCUGAAUGACAACGACCAAAUUGAUGUCAAGCCUUGGUGUAUAGGAAAAUGGGACAUCGGCAACCGCAACGUUGACGACAGGUAG